AUGGAGGUGGGUCGUCGCGUGUCUUCUGGCAAGCCCCGCCAAAAGGUGUGGAAGCCCAAGGUCAAGACUGGGUGUGUCACUUGCAGGGUCCGCCGGAUCAAGUGUGACGAAGGAAAACCGACGUGCGCGAGAUGCUCAUCGUCAGGCCGAACAUGUGGCGGGUAUCAUCAGAACAACGGCAACAAAACACAACAGCCACCAGAGCUAGGGACGUCGUGGGAGAGACACUCAUGGCAACACUCCUGGACACCGUUGGCGAUGCUGCUCACGAAGAAUGUACGCCACUGCCCGACACCAUAUCCUCCACUUCUGGUCUUUGACAGCAAGGUCGAGGGACAAUCGUUUGACUUUUUCCGCUCGUAUUCUGUCCCGGAGCUCACGGGGCUGUUUCGGGUCGACGAGGAAUUCUGGCAUCUCUCUGUGCUUCAAAUGUCCAUGACCCAGCCCGCCGUCCGGUACGCCGUGACGGGACUCGGGGCCCUGCACCAAAAGUUCUCCAACGGCCACGACACGGCGAUUCCAGACGACAGCACGGAUUCUCAGAUCCAGUUCGCGCUACGACAGUGCAACCGAGCCAUCCACGCCCUCUCGGACACGGCUGCCUCUCGUGAACCGGUCCACGAAGUAGCCACCCUCAUGACGUGCAUCCUCUUCACCUGCUACGCCACACUGCAGGGCCACCAAACCCAAAGCAUCAUGCAUUUCCGGAACGGCAUGAAACUAUUUCGGAAUUUGGAACGUUCGAGAAGAAGAGAGCCAACAACGGUAACCGGCCCCCUCCCCUCGACGACAACAACAUCGACCCAGUACGAUGAGCUGUACAACGCUUUUGUCUUGGCCAUGACGACCCUCGAAAUCCAAGCUCGGUCCCUGAUGUACGACGAGGAUUUGCCCGCGUUCAUCACUCAGUCACAGACACUUUGGCCCGUCUGCCGCUCAGAGAAUGGCAAGUUGAGAUUCAAGAGUCUGACCGACGCCCGAUGCUACUUUGACUCGUUGUUGAGCGACUUGCAGUGUUUCCUCCUCGAGUGCGACAGCCGGAACGAGUGGACCCAGGUAGGCGCCCGGCCACGACAAUCCACAAUGGACCAAUUCGACGUCCUCGUUCGAAGGCAAGACAUGGGGAAAAAGGCAUUUGAGGUCUUGAAGGAUGAGCAGCAGACCAACUACGACGAUCGAGAUCGCAAAACCAUACUGGUCAUCAAGAUGCACAAUUGCGUCAUGGACAUGUACCUGUCGAUAUUUCGACUUUCAUCGACCUAUGGAGACCUGGUAUGGGAUUUCUUUGAGCGCACUUACCGGGAGGUGGUCGACCUUAGUUAUGAACUAUUGGACUGCGAAGACGACAAGGAAGAUUUUUCUACAAUGUUGCUGCCACUUGUAAAAGGCAAAAAGAUCACCAACACGCUACUAAAAUCCAAUGGUGCAAAUACAGACGGGGGAGAAGAAGUCAAAAUGGAGGAGGUCGUCGUCGAAGAAGUUCCAGACGCGACGUCGAUCGUCAGGGAACCCGUCAACCGACCUCGGCCGCGUCCGGUGUUUACGUUCAGCCAAGGUGUGACAGGUCCGUUAUACACCGUGGCGUCCAAGUGUCGUGAUCCCAAGAUCCGGAGAGAAGCCAUAGUUCUCCUCUUGCGGUACCCUAGACGAGAGGGCCUGUGGGACACGUUCAACGGGGGAAGGGUGAGUUGGGAGAUUAUGAAUCUGGAGGAAGAACUGGCCAAGCAAUUUCACUCCUCCUCAGAAACAACAAACUCUCAGGUUCAAUUCGAGGUCAAGGUUGCAGCUGAUGUUCCAGUCUCCUGCAGGGUCAGAGAGGUUGAAGUUUUGAUGGUCGGUCCACGUACGGCCACGGUUAGGUUAAAGACGGUGGCGGAAAGCGAUCGAGGAGAAAAAGGAAAACACAUGAAGAUCAUGUCGUGGUGAGACGAAUUUUCGAAGAAGACGACUACAGUCGUAAGAGUUGUACUUUUUCUUCCUUUCUGGACUAGAUCUGUCUAAAC